AUGGCAGAAACACAGAACACAUUCAAUCCAGACAUUCACGUCAAGUAUGUCCAAGAUCUUGAUUCGAAAAUCACCAAGCAGUCCUAUGAAUAUUGGCUCCUGGAGCAUUUGAGACUCAAUGGUCUCUACUGGGGAAUCAUGGCUUUAGCGACCAUGAAGAAACUCGAUGCAUUGCCUCAGGAUGAGGUCAUGGAGUUCGUUUUGUCUUGUUUCGACUCUAAAGUUGGUGGAUUCGCUGCUUUCCCGGGUCAUGAUGCCCAUGUCUUAACGACUCUCUCCGGCCUCCAGAUCUUGUUCAUCUAUGACCGCAUGGAUGCUCUUUCAGAGCACCAGAAAACACAAAUUAUAAAGUUUGUCUUGUCGUUGAGAUUGCCAGAUGGAAGCUUCAAGGGUGAUGCCUUUGGAGAAGUCGACACCAGAUUUGUCUUCGUGUCAGUGUACAUCUUAACUUUACUAGAAGCUUUAACUAAGGAUGUUGCUGAUGGGGCCAGUAAGUUCAUCUUGCGCUGCAUGAACUUUGACGGUGGGUUUGGAAUGUUGCCGGGUGCCGAGUCACACGCUGCUCAGAUCUACACAUGCGUGGCAUGUUUGGCUUUAUGUGGCGAUUUAGACAAAGUGGAAAGCAGGACACCAGCCUGGCUUAGUGAACGUCAAGUGCUUCCCUCAGGUGGUUUCAAUGGCCGUCCAGAAAAGCUCCCUGAUGUCUGCUACAGUUGGUGGGUGUUGCUGAGCUUAUCUAUGUUAGAAAAGGAGCAUUGGAUUAGUUUUGAUCGUCUCGAGAAGUUCAUUUUGGAAUGUCAAGACCUUGAAAAUGGAGGAUUUGCGGACAGACCAGGUAAUCAAACGGAUAUUUACCAUACGUGUUUUGCUAUUGCUGGAUUGAGUUUGAUGGCACCCGACAAAUACGGUCUUCGACCUGUCGACCCAAUUUAUUGUUUGCCACAAGACAUUACAACCAGGAUCCAAAACGAAAUAAUGUAA